AUGGAUGUCAAGAGUGCAUUUCAGAAUGGAUAUUUAAAGGAAGAAGUAUUUGUCAAACAACCACCUGGUUUUGAUUGUCAUGAGCACCCUAAACAUGUUUUCAAGCUCGACAAGAAAAGAGGGAGGAACCUGCUGAUUGUGCAAGUUUAUGUUGACGAUAUCAUUUUUGGUGCAACAAAUGAUUCCUUAUGUGAGGAGUUUUCCAAGCUUAUGGGAAGCGAGUUUGAGAUGAGCAUGAUGGGGGAACUGAACUUCUUCCUAGGUCUGCAAGUUAAGCAAACUUCUAAGGGAACGGUGAUAAGUCAGCAGAAAUACAUUAAAGAGCUUCUGAAGAGGUUUGAGAUGGAAAGCUCAAAGACCAUUGAUACUCCUAUUUUCAUUGCCACUUGUAUAGACAUGGACGAACCCGGCUUCCCUAUGAAUGAAACCAUGUAUCGGGGUAUCAUUGGUUCACUCCGGUAUCUCACAGCCAGCAAACCUAACAUUGUGUUCAGUGUGAGAUUAUAUGCUAGAUACCAAUCAAGUGCAAUAGAAUCUCACCUGAAAGUUGCUAAGAGAAUUCUGAGGUAUCUCAAAGGAACACAGGACCUGGUCCUCUAUUAUCCCUCAGGAGACAAUUUCAACUUAAUUGGGUAUGCUGAUGCUGAUUAUGCUGGCUACUUGGUGGAUAGAAAGAGCACAUUUAGGAUGGCACCUUUUCUGGGAUCAUGCUUGAUUUCAUGGAGUACAAAGAAAUAA